UGAGUAAUAAUUAGCGUCUUAGUUGCCUAGUCACAUUUUGUAGCUUUAUGUCGGCCCGCCAAUGACGACCUUGGUGCAAGCAGAGUAGGCAUCAUAAUGUACCCAUGGCAGAAUGGUGGAAUAGUGCAAGUGUAUGCCAAGGGCCCGAGCCCGUUUCCAAUUGGACAACCUGUGCCCCAUCCUGUCUCAUAUCAAGGGGCCUAUGCGCAGCCCUAUGUGCAGCCUGUGCAACCACCAAUGCCGCCGCCACCAAUGCUUCAGCCAGACCGACCUCCCAGACACAGCACACAACUGAGGGAGAUAUCCCUCCAAUACAGCUAUGAAGAGCUGUCAGCGGCAACGAAAAAUUGGCACAACUCUGAGCGCUUGGGCUCUGGCUCCUAUGGCUCUGUGUUCAAGGGAGAGUUGGAGGAUGGCUCAGAAGUGGCGAUCAAGGCAAUUGACUUGAAAGCUCUGGGAGCCGAGUCUUCGGGAUUUGAAGAGGAGGUGCAGAUGCUCAGCAAAUUCCGUCAUCCCAACUUGGUGACCCUGCUUGGCUGGGCCAAGCACGACUUGAAUCGCUACUUAGUGUACGAACUCCUCUCGGGCGGCGAUUGUUUUCAGCGCCUUCAGAAGAGUAAGAAACCGUCUGCUGGAUGUCCCUUUCACUGGUUUGAGCGCUUGAGCGUUUGCCUGGAUGCUGCGGCAGGCCUCUCGCACAUGCACAACUCCAAGCCGAAAGCCUUCCACCGUGACAUCAAAUCUGCGAACAUAUUGCUGGAUCGGCAUGGCACGGCCAAGAUGGCAGAUUUUGGCCUGAGUUGUGCUGCAGGGAAGCUAGACUCGCUCCAUGUGACUGUCCGCACAAUUAGUGGGACUCCAGGCUACGCCUGUCCAAUCUAUUCUCGCACGGGACGAGUGACGGAAGGCGGUGAGGUAUACUCCUUUGGCAUGGUGAUGUUUGAGCUUUUGACUGGCCUGGCUCCAGCCACAGCUGAUGCCAGCAGGAAAGGUGGAAUUGCCUAUCAAGUGGCUGAAGCAGUGGAGCAAGACAGCCCUGGCGCGCUUGAACGCUGCAUGACCCACCUUGACUGCCACGCUGGAUGGCCCACGCAAUUAGCUCGGGAAAUGGCUGAAAUGGCUUUACGGGCUGUACAGCCGAAUGAUGAAGAGCGCCCUCGCUUUGUGGAGCUGGUUAAGGCUUUGCGAAAGCACAACGAGCGAUUCCCAAAGCCUUCCCAGCCAUCAACUUUCAAUGCUGGGGGAGUACCUCAAUUGCCUCAACAUUUGAUUUCUCCAGAGCAGAUUCAACCGGCCCAGCAGCCUGCAGCCAAUGAACAGCACACGCCGCAAGCUCAUCCAGCAAAGAAGGUCGUGCAGCCAGAGGACUUAAAUGGAAGACCGCCGCAAGUAAAGGUUCCAAGCCCAAUGCUUCUUCCACCUGCCAACAGUGCCCUGGCAACCUUUGGAUUGGAGUAUGUUUCAGCCUCCGGCACGGAACCCGAUGGAAUCCCACAAGGAUUCCAUUGCGUCUAUUUGAAGCCCAGUCCUGAUUCUCAAUGCUCGUCGGACAUGUCGACAUUUGCGAUUGGACGAAGCCAUCAGCAGAAAGCUUUUGAAGUUUGGGUUCCUGACACCGCGCUGCAAUGCUGCAUCUCCCGCACAGCCUUCGAAAUUCUUUGCGGUGCAAAGGGGGAAAAUGCAUUUCUGACAGUUCGAGGCCAAGGAACUAUUUCCGUUGAUGGGAAGGUGGCGCCUCGCGAAAUUGCAGUCCCCUUGCAAGUUCGCUCAGAAAUUACAUUUUCACAUGCAGCAGAAGGGACCAUAAUACUGCGCUUGCGUUACCUGCCGGCCUCUGAGUUCACUCCCAAAGUGGAAGGACCAACUUCUCCGCCUCCCAGACGGACAGUUCGAAGAGCAGAUGAGAUUGCAUCAGACAGCGACGUGAGAAGUGUUUCUGCUAGACCACGAACAGCUUGGGUGCUUGCCUGUGUUCAUGUCGAAGGAUUGACGCCAGGGCAGAUUGCAGAACUUCGGAGCGCUGUUAGGGACAUUCAGGUGUCUCAAUUUCCGAUGAUGUUGGGACGUUUGCAUCAAAUUCAGCUGGAGGCUUUGGUGAAAGCAGCCGACAAACCCAAACUGGCUACCUUCAUCUCCCGAACUCACGGGAAGCUCGAAGUUGAUCCUGAUGGUGUCCUUCGCUUGUCCAACGUGAGCCCAAGCUCCAACCCGCUCUAUGUCGGAGAUGAUCAAGUUCUGCCUGGCCAGAGCCAAAGGUUAGAGAACGGCCAGGAGUUGGGCUUUGCUCGGGACGAAUCUGGAGUCCACGUGCACUUCUUGAAGUUCAAGGUGGUGCAGGUCGACCAUAUUGACAGAUUUGCUUCUCCUCCUGGUCGGCACUUGGAGGCUGGUCCAAGACGAGGAAGCGGUGAGAUCCACUUAUCGCCCCCACGUGAUGCUAGAUCCCAGCGCCCAACUCAAGCAGAGAACUCCGAUGCGCAGGCUGCCCCAAGGAGAGCAAGCGGCGAGAUUCACUUGUCCCCUCCGCGCAACAACGCCAGAUCGCAGCGCCCAACUCAAGCGGAGAGCUCCGAUGCGCAGGAGGUGCAUUUGUUGACCUUAUCGCCGCCGCGGCGGAAAGUUAGUCGAGACCCUUCAGCUUCCUCUCGGGUGAGUGGAUCCUUAAGAUACCACGAAGAAGUGGCUCGGAUCAGGCCCGCGAGCUCUACAGUUCGCUUAGUAUUGUCGGGUGAAGGUGUAAAGGAUAACGUGCCAAGCGCAGACCGGCAAAUUGGUCCGAUCUCGCUUUUGCAGCAGCCGGACCACACAUUGAUACGAACCCUGACAUCGAACCCCAUUUGGCGCGUCAGAUCUGAUGCAGAGCCGGUGGAAUUGCAACGGGGCGAGCCCGUUGAUUUGCAGUCAGGGGAUCGGAUUGCCCUUGGCACGGGUAGUGACAACGCCCCAGAAUCUGCAGUCCAAAGUCUUUGCUGGCUGUUCACUGUUGAAGGCACUGAACUAGCACAGGCCAAUAGUUUCGAGGGCUGCCGAACACCACCAUCCCCAGGUGGAGCGGGGCCUCGCAUCUCUGAUCUUCCGCCCAUCAUCCGUGUGUUGAGGACAGACCGGUCUCUGAGCCCUGACAGUCCUGCGAGCCCUGCACGUGAACGAAUCAUGUCUGAGGGCGGGCCAAAAGCCAAGGCCAAGAGCCGCUACAAGUAGGCAAGUCCAGCUGAAACAAGUUGGAUUCUGCAAAGACUGAAUCUGUUGUUAGCUUCUAAGUGUUUCCCUGGAUUUCGAACAGACCGGAUCAAGAGGG